AUGGACUUGGAGUGCAACCAUGCUACCACUAUGGACUCAGAGUAUAGCCAUGCUACUGCCAUGGACUUAGAGCACAAUCACACAGCUACUAUGGACAUGGAGCACAGUACCCACCUUCAAGUAAAUGACUCAGUGGAUAUGGGUUUGGAGAGUAGUGACAUAGAAUCAGAGUACCAUGAGAGUGCUGGUAACUGUGACUUAGGACCAAUUGAAGGCUUUGAGGAUCUCAAUGAGCAUGCAGCCACAAUUAUGGGAUUGCCUGAUGACAAUUUGUUAAUAGACUUAGACACCACAAUGGCACAUCCCUCACCACAAACUACCCAGGCUUCAUGCAACCAUCAUGAGAACAUUGUUGAAGAUGUGGUUGAUGAGGGCACACCAUUUUGGUUCAGCCACACUGGCAUUGGUGGACCUGAGGAACUUACUUUACCUGCACCAGAACUUCAAGGGACAUAG